GAGCCCCGAAACAUGAAUGUUACAUUGUGAACGCUUGAUAGACAGACCGUCUUUGAUAAUGACUGUAAUCUGUGGGUUGCCAACCGCCAAUAAACACCAAAGAAGAAGAAGAAGACUGUGAAUAAAUGCUGCCAUUAGGCCGAGGUAUUUAGAUUACACAUGGAAGAUCGGGACGCUUGGCGUUGGAAGUAAACUAGACAUAGUGUUGGGAAACAGCUUGAACCUGAAGAAAGGGGUAUUUUUUCCGUUAUCGGCUAUUAAAAUGGAGGGUUAUGAAGGAGCCAGCAGCAGCGAGAGUGUUUUAGAUCUGUCCCGUCUGAAUCUGAACAAUAAUAGUUUGGACACGGUCAGCGAGAAACGACGGAAAGACACGAAGCAACUGUACCUGCGUUACAACCGCAUGACAGUUUUACCCGAGUCCAUCUCUUUAUUCUCGAGCCUGGAGUUUCUCGACAUCAGUAACAACACGCUGUCGGUCAUCUGCGAGGACAUCACCCGACUGACCAAACUCAAAACCCUCAUAGCCAAGAAUAAUCGUUUAAAUGAGUUUUCUCUGCCCAAGCACUUUGGCUCUCUGCAGCUGGAAGUGCUAAAUUUGAGUGGGAACAGGUUUGAGGAGAUGCCGAGCCAGUGUCUGCAGCUGCUGCGGCUCCAGUCACUGUCUCUGGGAGGAAACAGACUGAAGAGCAUCCCAGCAGAGAUCGAGAGUCUCACCAGCUUAGAGCUGUUGUAUCUGGGUGGUAACCAGAUCUCCUCCAUCCCUGCUGAACUAGCUAACUUACCCUGCCUCAGUUACCUAGUUCUGUGUGAUAAUCGCAUCCAGAGCGUCCCACCUCAACUCAACAGGCUCCAUUCCCUGCGCUCUCUUAGUCUGCAUAAUAACCUGCUGACGUAUCUUCCGAGAGAGAUCUUGAGCCUGGUGCACCUUCAGGAGCUCAGUCUCAGAGGCAAUCCUUUGGUUGUACGCUUCAUCAAGGACAUGACCUACGACCCCCCGUCGCUGCUGGAGCUGGCUGGCCGAACCGUCAAAAGCAAGAACCUCCCAUACUCGCAUAAAGACCUCCCGAGCCAUCUAGUCAACUACCUAGACAUAGCCAGCAAGUGCCCCAACCCCAAGUGUGCAGGUGUUUACUUUGACUCAUGCGUUCGUCACAUCAAGUUUGUGGAUUUCUGUGGGAAGUAUCGCCUGCCCUUGAUGCACUACCUGUGCUCCCCAGAAUGCACCUCUCCCUGCAGCUCCAACCCUCAGAGCGACGCUGACUCGGACGAAGACAACAGCGUGCCUGCCGAUCGCCUUCAAAGAGUGCUGCUGGGAUAACCUCGCUCACCCCGCACACGUCGUCUCCUCUCUCUCACUUACAGUGUUAUCUGCAGGAGCUUUGAACUUUACAGCCAGCUGGCUUGAAAACCUCUCAGCUGAAGCCAAAUCUUAUUGCCAAGUGAUUGAGCAAGUGGCAUUCUGAGAAAGACAUCUGCAGAUAGUUUCUCUUACAAAGGCCUUGCUUUGCACAGGCAAAAUCAAAAACACUGGCGGUUCAGAAUAGUUGUUAGUUAUAUUAACUAAGUUGCCUUGGUCAUCAAUCUGUUUAGCUCUUGCACUUUUGUAAUAUGUUAGAAGACGCAGUUUAGGUGCAUGCAUAUCUUUUGCUUGGCAAUAGGUUGCUUUGUCUCACGGGGGAGCGCUAACUUAAUUUUUUCACAUUACGCACAAAGAUUUACUGUGAAAUAAACAUCGAGAACACUUGCCUUUUGGGUUUGUGAGAAAUUUAGAAUAAAGUUUUCUUCAUGUUUGUAACUGCGUGGCCUGCAGCACU